UUGACAGAUAACAAACGUUUAACUGAUAGAUUUUAAAUAGGUUCUCGGAUUUGUUUAUUGUUUGGUCAAGCUUUAUAUUUUACUAACAAUAUAGAAUAAUAAUGGGAGAAAAAGUUGAGAACCUGGAAAUGAGCAGUUCCGAAAUAAAUUUCGACAAUUUAACCAUUCUAAAAGAAUUCGGUAAUAUUGUAAAUCUAGUAAGGAAUGAAGAUUUUCUGGAAAUAGUCCCCAAAGCGAAACUAAGACGUGUGAAAUGGAUGCCCAUGUUCAACUGUUUGAAACAGGGCAUUCUCGACGAAAUGGUUCAAGAACUAAGUGCCAUGUGGGAGUACGAGAACAUGCCACUAAAACUAGAAAUUCUUGAUAAGCAGAAAGAAAAAUUCAUGGACAUGGAAACUGACAAAGUUUUGUGGCGACCACAACUAGCAGAUGUAAAUGCGCAGUUAAAAGCAAGUGAUGUAGACAACUUGAAAAAGCAAAAAGUUCUACUCGAAACCACAGCUAAAGAAUAUGAAGCUAGAGUUAAUAAGCUCAAGAAAAUACUAACUGCUAAGAGAGGAUACCUAAAAGCCCUACAGUUGGAUAUUCAGAAGUACCAAAGGAGAAAUGAAGAUCUUGUUUCAAAAAUCAAUGACAAAUUGGAACAUCAUCAAAAUUUGAUUAAAUCAGAUGAUAGAUUUGAUAUUGAGACUGACUGGAAAGACAAGGAUUUAGAAUUUAAUUAAAUAAAGUAAAAUUAUUUGAAAACCAUUUAUGUACUUCUCUUAUGUACUCCUCUAAAGAACUUUCUUAUUUAAUCCUCUUAUGUUCUCCCUUAUGUAUUCUCUUAUAUACUCCUCUUAUGUACUCUCUUAUGAACUCCCUUAUGUACUGUCCUAUGUUCUUAUAUCGGGUGUGUUGUCCCUAACCACAUUAAAUCCUAUCACAUAUUCUUUAUUAAAAUUAACCUUUAGUUAGGUUUAGCCACAGGAGUUAUUUUUCGUUUUCAUAAUUUACAUCAGAUUAACAUUACCAUUCAGGAUAUAGAAAUAUCAAACUUUCUGGAUUACCAAUAAUAUCGAAAUACCAAUAAAGAAGUUACAAAACAUAAAUAAAGUGCCUAUUUAACUGUGCUGAAACUACAAAAUUAAACUUUACCUCAUAAAAAAAGUUAAUAUUUUUAUUCAGACUGAAAGACAAGGAUUUAUAAUUUAAUUAAAUAAAGUAAAAUUAUUUGAAUAAAAUUUAUAUUUCAGAAAAUUGUACACACUUGAGAAAAAGUACAACAAAAUUUAUAAUAAGUUAUAUAAUUUGAAACUCAAUUGCUUUAAAAAAUUAUCUUUCUCUAAGAGUGUAGAUGAAAAUAGAAUGAAACAUUAAAUAUUAAGUGACAUUGACAGUAAAUUACAUAAUUUCUAAUGUUGCUGCUAUCUGUACCAGCUAAUUAUUAUACAGUAAUCAGUAUAGUUAAAAUAAGAACAGAUUUACUUUAGAGCAACAUAAUUAUCUUCUAUUAACAACAAAUUUAAUAAAGCAUCUAGUGAUGUAAAAGUAUGAAAUAGAUUAAGUCACAUUUACUUAGUAGAUACAUAAAGUGUUAGUUUUAAACAAAAAUACAUUUUGUAAAUGCAAACCAAAAUGAAAAUAAAAAUAAACCUCUUAGUUUAAAUAGUGAUAUUUAUUAAUGAAAAUCAUACAUAGCUAAAAAAUAAAAUUGUACAAUGCAAAACCUGCAUAUAAUUUUAUAAUAUAACAGUAAUAAUACAGCAAUUGCACUAUUGUUGCGAGGACUACACUGCUUCUACCACAUUUUAUAAAUUAUAUCAAUUCAUUUGAGACUUAACAGUUAACUUUGUGGGGAAGCCUCAGUAGGGAGAUCAUGUUGAACAUUCGUCGAAUUUUGAAACAUCUACUUAAUCGGUAAGAAUAAUACUGAGUGCAAAAUAACAUUAAUUUCACUGGGUACUUCACUCCCUUCACAUUAAUGAUUGCAAUGGAGUCCUAGAACAGAAAAACACUUAUUGCUAUGACGAGGUGAAGGUUAAUAUCAUGUCUUAGGCCAGCUCCACAAUAGGAUUACAGAAAAAAAACACUACAAUAACAAAAAAAAAAUAAGGAUGAAGUUCCAUGGACGAUCAUUCAUUAAAAUUUUGCCUAAUCCAAUAAACUAGAAAUUUCAAAUUAACCAAUUAUCGUCACUUACUCGAGACCUAUAUAUAAUUUACAUUUAUAGGCACAUUAGUUACAGAAUAAACCAAGCGAAUGUGCUUUCGAUCCACUACAACUUAAUAAAUAGGUAAUAUGAAAUGUAAUGACGCUUUCGUCUCCAAUGCCCGCAUCUUUAAGAUCGCUUGCCACCUCAAACAUUUGUAAAAUUAACGAAACGAUUUACUACAACAUCAACAUGUGACAAUAACACAACAGGGUACAAUACCACUUCAAGGGCUGCCUUAUAAUCAGGGAUCGAAAAAGCCAUAGUCACCAAGGCAUCGCCGAAUAGAUAAUGUCAGCUCAAUACAAUCUGUAGAACUAAAUUCAUAAAUUAAUAUCACUCACAUUAAUAAUAAAAAUUAAAAAUAAGAAGGCACAAGCAAAUCGAUAAAUAAAUUUUAACAAUACGCGACAUAUUAUUCGGCUAUGUCUAAUGACCAUACUAAACAUAAUAAUUAUAAUACAUGAUAUAAUUAAUUAUUUGUAGCAUUCCUCUCACUGUGCAGCACACUGGAUCCCAAACGUCAGUUAUUUCUUCUUGGGUGGUGAUCGUUGAGGUGUGGCUGGCCUCCCACUGUUUAUGCCAUUGUACUGGUAUUUUGCCUUCUUCUCAGAUGGUUUUAGAAUCUG